GCCUGCAACGUUGUUGUGAACGUUCCAUCACACGGGAAACAUGAGUAAAUCGAUCGAGAACGAGGAAAUCGUGCAGGCUAUUCUAAUAGCCGAUUCUUACAAUGACAACUUUCUUCCAUUUACGAGCGCGUGCCCGUUGGCGCUGCUGCCGCUGGUCAAUGUGCCGCUGAUCGAGUACACGCUCGAGGUGCUGAAUCGGCAUGGCGUGGAGGAAGUGAUCGUGUUUUGCAGCAACCAGAGCAACGAAGUCAAACGAUUCAUCCAUCAACGGCAGGCGGAAAAGUGCACCUGGUCGAUGAACAUGAUCAUCACGACCAUCAGCUCGGAGUCGUGCCGGUGUUUGGGCGAGGCGCUCCGCGAUCUGGAGGCGCGCCACAUCAUUCGGGGCAAUGUGAUCCUGCUGGGCGUGGACAGCGUCACCAACGCGAACCUGACGUCGCUGCUCGAGGAGCACAAGCGCCUGUUGAAGCUCGAUCGCGGUGCGGCGAUGACGGUGGUGUACAAGGACACCGUGCAGGGGCUGCGCACCGGCAACGAGGUAAUGAUCGUGACGGACAGCUCGACUCGCCGGUUGCUCUACCACCAGCGGUUAACGCAGCAGCAGCAGCAGAGGGAGCGCAACUUCGAGCUACCGCUGGAGCUGUUCGUUGCAAACCGAAACGUGACCGUGAGCCAUGGAUUGCUCGAUCCGCAGAUCGCCAUCUGUAGCCACGCCGCGUUGCCUUUGUUCGCGGACAACUUCGAUUUUCUUUCGCGCGACGACUUCGUGAACGGAGUGCUUAUUAACGAGGAGAUUCUCAACAGCCGCAUCUACGUGGCCAAGCUGGGCCGGGAGGAGUACGCGAUGCGGGUAAGCAACUGGCAGACGUACCACAUGGUUUCGCUGGACGUGAUGAACCGCUGGGUGUACCCGCUAGUGCCGGACAUGGCCAUCAGUCAGGUGUGUCCGUACUAUAAGUACUAUCGCAACAACAUCUAUCGCCAUCGCAACGUCGGGCUGAGCCGGUCCUGCGAGCUGGACGGCGAUCUGGUGGUGGCCGAGAACAGUACGAUCGAGGAGGACACUUCUAUUCGCCAGUCGGUCGUCGGUCGUGGCUGUAAGAUUGGGCGUAAGUGUCGCAUCAGGAACAGCUUCCUCUUCGACGGUGCCACUGUCGGUGAUAACUGCGUGCUCGAUCAUUGCGUCAUCGCCAGCGGCGCUUCGGUGGGCGCCGGCUGUCACAUCAGUGAUGGCGCGGUGCUAGGCGAGCGAGUGGAGCUACCGGGCGGCAUGACCGUGGCAAAGGUUCUGAUCCAGGCGGACAAACCAGACGACGAGUGGGGAGGUGCGUCGCAGAAGCUGGCAGAGCGGGCGUACACGGUACCGGAAGAGCAGCCAGACGAGGACGAGGACGAGGACGAAGACGUCGAGGUGCGCGAAAUGUUCAAUCAACCACUUCCGAUCGCUCCGCUGCGCUCGGUGUACUCCCCGUCCAUCUACCAGCUGUCGGAUGAUGAAGGGCCGAGCGGGGCACCGAGCCCGGUGCAGGAGGACUCCAGCAUCUUUCUCUCGGAGGUGGUCGAAUCGCUCAAGCGCGGCCUGGCCGAGCAGACCAACGCCGAGUACCUGAUACUGGAGAUCAACUCGUCCCGCUACGCGUACAACAUGUCGCUCGGCGAGGUGAACUUCUACAUGGUGAAAGCGAUCCUGCAGAUCCUGGUCGUGCAGGAGGGUGUGGCGACGAACGCGGUCGGCACGCUGCGCAAGCUGCUGGCGUACUUUGGCAUCGUGUUCCACAACUACAUCCGCGACAAGGACGCCAUGCUCGACUGCCUGAAGGCGUUCGAAGAGAUGUGCCAGUCGAACGAAAUCAUACGCGCGAAAAUCGUACAGCUGCUCCAUUUCCUCUACGAGGGCGAUCUGGUGAGCGAGGAGGUCAUCAUCCGCUGGUACGAUGGCGUCGAGGACGAGACGCUCAAGAGCACGCUCGCUAAGUUUGUGCAAUGGCUCAACGAGUCCAGCGAUGACGAAAGCGACGACGAGGAUUAGGAAGAUUACGCGUCCGCACACCUUCCGCUGAAGGAUCUAGCUUUCGGUACAAAUAAAUUCAUCCACCUCCGUGUACUGUUUUCCCGCCCAAAAUUCGCUGAUGGGUC